AUGUCGUUCCAACCACCUACUUCCAAAUGCACUGCUUCCAUCCCUGGUCUUGGAACAGUGGAAGGUCUCCAAUUCGCCAAUGGCGUACAACAAUUCAGCGGCAUUCCAUAUGCCCAUCUUCCAAAGCGAUGGACAAGAUCAAUUCUCAAGUCAGCAUGGGACAAUGGUUACCACGAUGGCACCAAGCUAGGGAAUAAUUGCCCAAGCCCUAUAACCGAAGGCGAUGAUGCCGACGAUCUAGUCCCAGUCCCACCGGCAGCACACUUCCAGGCUUCGCAGAUCGUGGACGAACUAUCCGGUCUAGUCAUGAACAUCGUGAUUCCACACGCACCGAGACGAAACGAUAACCCGCUUCCUGUAAUGGUCUACAUUCACGGCGGAUCACUAUUAUACGGCGGUGCCAAUCUACCCAUCUUUGACGCAGUCAACGUCGUCUCGCACAGUAUCACCAUAGGAUCACCGAUCAUCUGUAUCAACUUCAAUUACCGCGUGGGCAUUGGCGGUUUCCUCGCCGGCAAGGCAAUAGCCCAAGAACUGAACCAGGAUGGCCAUGCAGGGAGUGGAAAUUUCGGGUUCACCGACCAGCAAGUCGCAUUCGACUGGGUGCAAGCCUAUAUCGGGUUCUUGGGGGGCGAUAAACAGAAUGUCACCGCAGUGGGAGAAUCAGCCGGCGGAAUCUCAAUCAGUAACCAGCUAGUGGCUGCGACACCACCGGUCUUUCACCGGGCUGUGUGCAUGUCUGGGCUUUCGUCUGCUAUUCCCGCAUUCACGAUGGAACAGCAUGAUCGUUUCUUCGGGGAUGUUUGCCGCUAUUUCCAGAUUGAUCCUGCCGGUCCAGACGCGCUGGACAGACUUCGUGAUAUCCCGCAACAGGAACUUGCAAAUGCAACGCCAGCUAUUCAAGGCGUGCCAUCUGGAACAGGCAAUCCUUGCAUGGAUGAAUGGUUUUAUCGUCCGGGUAUUGACCCGCGGCAGAUCCAUGCGCCGCCGUCUUGGUUGAAGGGGUACAUGAUUGGAGAUACAUACCAUGAAGGCGUGAUUUUCCACAUCAAUCUUCUUCAGGAGAGUUAUGCAUCUAUACGGCAUAUCUUGAAGACGCAUAUUAAGUCCAGUUCGCACGCUGAUGAGAUCCUAUCUGCGUAUGGUAUCACCGAGGAUCUAGUGCAUGAAGCACUUCUCGAACGCGUAGAGCAUAUGUGCGGUGAUGCAAUUUUCAAAAUUCCUAACUUCGUGAUGAUGCAGGAAUGCAUGCGCCAAAAGAUCGUGGAGAACAAUCUAUUCCUCUACCAUUUCGAUCAGCGAUCUCGGAUUAAGAACGUUUUUGAGGGCACGGCGUAUCAUGCCCAUGAACUGCUUUAUCUUUUUGGGAAUUUGGAUAAUGAGAUGAACGAGGAUGAGAAGACCAUGGCGAGGGAGUUUGCAUCUGCUUGGAUUCGGUUUGUUAAUGGCGCUGCGCCUUGGACGGCUGAGGGUGGGCGCAAAUGGAUGGUUUGGGGGCCUGACAGUCAGAUGGGCGUCAAGAGCGAGGCCGAUGAUGAAGCUGUCAGAGACUAUCAGAGGAUAGAGAUGGUGUUGCGGCUUGGGGAUGGUAAGGCUUGGAUGCAGUGGGUUGCUGCUAUCGAUGCGCUUGUCAAUAGACGGAAGUUCUGA